UCAAAAUUUUGGAACAUUACUUAGCUUAAUUUAUAUUAAUUUUUUUGAUAGCUAAAAUGGCAUCAUCAACAAUUAUAUCUAGAAAAAUGAUUAAACUUUUAUCCCCAACUCCAUCUUCACUUAGAUGUCACAAACUCUCUUUCAUGGAUCACAUAAAUUUCCCUCUACAUUCUCCAUAUGCCUUCUUCUACCCUAAAAUACCUCAAAAUUAUAGUAACAAAAUAUCACAAGUACUUGAAAAUUCCCUUUCAAAAGUAUUGUCCUUUUAUUAUCCCUUAGCUGGAAAAAUCAAUAAUAAUUAUACCUACGUCGAUUGUAACGACACAGGUGCUGAGUAUUUAAACGUCCGUAUAGAUUGUCCAAUGUCUCAAAUUCUCAACCACCCUUAUAACGAUGUUGUGGAUGUAGUUUUCCCACAAGAUUUGCCUUGGAGUAGUAGUAGCUUGACUCGAAGUCCACUAGUGGUUCAAUUAAGCCAUUUUGAUUGUGGUGGAGUUGCAGUGAGUGCAUGUACAUCACAUACAAUUUUUGAUGGAUAUUGUCUCUCUAAAUUCAUAAACGAUUGGGCGUCUACAGCUCGAAACAUGGAGUUCAAACCAUCUCCUCAGUUCAAUGCAUCAACUUUCUUCCCUUUACCGUCUGAAACUAAUUUGAGUAGCACCCUACCUGCAACGCGUCCAUCACAACGUCAUGUCUCAAGAAUGUAUAACUUCUCAUCCUCGAAUUUGACAAGACUCAAGGACAUCGUAACAAAAGAAUCACAUGUGAAGAAUCCAACUCGCGUUGAAGUUGCCUCAGCACUUGUUCAUAAAUGUGGGGUGACUAUGUCAAUGGAGAGUUCAGGCAUGUUCAAACCAACUCUGAUGAGCCAUGCUAUGAAUUUACGCCCACCAAUUCCACUGAACACAAUGGGAAAUGCAACAUGUAUCAUUCUCACAACAGCAAUGACAGAAGAUGAGGUAAAACUUCCAAACUUUGUUGCUAAACUACAGAAGGAUAAACAACAACUUCGAGACAAGUUGAAGGAUAUGAAAGAAGAUAGGAUGCCCUUAUAUACACUUGAACUAGGUAAAAACGCGAUGAACAUAAUAGAGAAGGAUACACAUGAUGUUUAUCUUUGCUCAGGCAUGACCAAUACUGGAUUACAUAAGAUCGAUUUCGGAUGGGGUGAACCUGUAAGAGUAACCCUAGCAACACAUCCAAAUAAGAACAACUUCAUUUUCAUGGAUGAACAAAGUGGAGAUGGGCUAAAUGUACUUAUCACUUUAACAAAAGAUGAUAUGCUCAAGUUUCAGAGCAACAAGGAGCUUCUGGAGUUUGCUUCUCCAGUUGUUGAAUCAACCAAAUAAGUGUCAACAAUGACAUCUUUAUAAUUGUACUUUCAAUAUUGCAAUGAAUAAAAGCUGUUUUCUAUAUUA